UUUGGGUGUUCCUCUCCAUGCUUACUCCGCAAGAGUGAAUCUGUUGACAUGCAUAUCUAUCUAGGCUCUGUCAGGAUGGCAGGUAAAGAGCCGAGGAUUUUAUUGAACUCCACAGUCUUUACCUAUUUUGGGCUCGAUCAUAGCAAAGACUGGCUGGAGUGGGAUGUCAAAGAACAAAUCAUUCGUCUGAUUUGAAAACAGAUUCGCGCGCAGAUUUCGAGGGAUAUCAACGAAGACAAAACUAUCCCAUAUCAGGUUUCGGGCUAAACGGAUCAAGCUAAUGAUUUUACCCCACUCGUGGUCAUCCCUAUCUGCGUUGCGCUAUACAAGAAACCGUAUCCUGACUACACCAUGCAAGCUUUGACAUGUAAUGGGUCAGAUGAAUCAUACCAGUACGACACAAUACCCCCAGGAGAGUUUUUUCGCUACCUCUUGCUUCAGCCUGGCUCCGGCACCGAACCACUAAAGUGUAGUCUCCACACCACACUCGUGGCAGACACAGACUAUGAGGCUAUAUCAUAUGUAUGGGGGACUGAAGUCAGAGAUCACGUUGUUUCAUGCGACGGGCGCAAACUCAGUAUCACCCAAAAUUUGCAUAAUGCUCUCCAAAGGCUGCGAUAUCCUUCCGCUGCAAGGAGACUAUGGGCAGACUCAAUCUGUGUGGCAAACAUGGGCCAAAUAUAUGCAAAGGCACAGCGUGUAAUUCUGUACAUGGUUUGCUCGUUACUAAAGGAUAUGCGCAGCUCGUUCGACCGUGAGCUAGCAAAGUUCGACAAACUCGGAUGGAACUUGAUCUCGUAUCCAUCACUGAAUGAUCCAGUAUUGGGAGACGAACGAUGGCACUCCCUAGAAAUACUCCUUCGCUUGCCUUGGUUCAAGAGAGGCUGGGUCGUACGAGAAGCAGGCCUGGCUCGUGAAUGUUUGGUGGCCUGGGGCGCCAGCGAAUUCACCUGGACCGACCUGAUGUGGGUGGUAUUUUGGUUGUGCGGUAGAAGAGUCACCAUAGAUUCUCUACCAUCGUCGCACUACCCUCUCAGAGCCCAUAUAGACGCGUAUUAUGAUCGACACAACAAUGUUGCCAAAGUCUUCUUUGAACAGUCCACCUGGCAACCAAACCGUUUGCUAGACUACAUGUUCAUCGGAAAAUGUUUACAGUUCAAAGACCGCCGGGACAGCAUAUAUGCCUUUUCCGAUCUUGCCAUUGACUCCGCAAGUAACCUGCGAUUGAGGGCGGAUUAUGGACAGUCGAAUCAUGAAGCCUUCCGUGCAUUUGCCACACAAUACCUUCGGACCACCAAUGACAUCUCAAUAUUGGACUACAUUGUUCAUGGAGUUCUGUUUGACUUAAUUGAGUUUGUAACAGAGCCUCUCGAAGCCGCACUAAUCACACCGGAGUUCAUACUCUGUCUUUGGCUUCGUGUGAGCGCUUACUCCCACCACACAGCCUGUUAUGGUGCCUUUCCGGCUCGAGCUUUCCUCACAAUUCUUACCAGGGACUUUUGCAGAGGCAACCCGGUCGAGUGGGAUCUGUGCACACGCGCCUUUGUGCGUGAACUGUACGUACAUCAGUCUUCGGCACAUAGUGGAGCCUUCGGUUGGACCGGAGACGCUGAGCACCAAAGAAAACUGGCCUAUGUGCAUGAGUGGAUUCGAAACAAUGCACAGAAUAAAAAUUUCAUGCUCACCAAACGCGGAUACAUGGGUUUCGCACCACUUGCUGCUCGCCAAGGGGAUAUUUGCGGGAUAUUGUUCGGGUGUGUGUAUCCUUGCGUACUCAGAGCCUCUGAAACAGGUGGUCCUUACCAAUUCGUCGGGCCUGCAUAUAUUCAAGGAUUUCGGUCCGAGGUAGCUGAAGCUAAAGCUGCGGCUUUGUAUACUACAUACACCACAUAUUGGGGUCUCUUUGGUACCGAGGACUUCAAGGACUGGAUAGAUUGGGAGGUUGAGGAACAUGAUAUCUAUCUUUGCUAG